CCCAUCCAGUGCCUUACUGGUCAUUAUCGCAUCACUCCGAGCCUCAACAGCAGCAAAGCAAAUUCGCAGUUGGUAAGAGAAAAUGGCCGACGAUAGCACAGCUACCUGCAUCGACAUCCUCCUUGCCAUCAUCCUUCCUCCUCUUGGUGUCUUCCUCAAGUAUGGCUGCAAGGUAGAAUUCUGGAUCUGUUUGGUGCUUACCCUUUUUGGCUACAUUCCUGGAAUUAUCUAUGCUGUCUAUGCUAUCACCAAGUGAUAGAUCAUAUUCAUCAUUUUAAUUUUGGGUGGACAAUGAAUAAUUUGUCAAAUUAAAGGACGACGGCUAUGCAUGUUCCUCAUCAACUCCAAUAUUGAUAUUCCUGUAUAAUCGUUUGAUCUCAGAUGGACAAAUGUGAUUCUUUUUUGUUUUCUGUCUAUCGGUCUCAAUAUUCCUUUUUCAUUGUUGUGUUUUUAAUUAUUGUUAUUAUUUAUCUUGUGUGGAAACAAAAUGUAGACAUUGUUUUGUGGCCUCUAGUCUUAGUAUUGGUAUCAAAUUGAAAUGUAUUACUUGGUUGGUAUUAAUUAUCUUGUUCAGCUUUUUUAA